AGUGUGUUGAACCAAGUGUUGUAAUCACAAUAAUGACCAAGGAUGUAUCAAAAGCCAAAUUAUCUUUGCAGUUCUGUAAUGUCUUUUAUGACAAGUGUAGGCCUACAAUCCAUAAAUAAAUGAUUAGGCCUAUCACGAUUAAAAUAAUUCUAUAAUCAUGCUUUUCAAGGUUCUUAAGUAUUAUCCGUGGCCGAUCUACAAAAGGUUCUGAAUUUUAACGUUGGCUAAGCAUGUACCUGAAUGUUACUGGUUUGAUUGAUAAUGUUUUUUUAAUAGUUUAUCUGUGUUGGCAACUUUUUAGCAGACGGAAAUGAGUAUGCCUAUAGAGUCUUGAGUGAAUUGUAGCCGAAAAAACAGAUUAGACUUGAACAUAAUUCAUGUGUAAAGAAUUCACGGAUUAGAUGAUGUCAGCUCUCUAUUUUAAUCCACGUCAUUCAAUCGCUGUUGUUCAAAAUGUAAUGUACUGCCAUAACACUUCUCAGACGUAAAAGCAAGUUGACUGAUGAACAGCUACGUUUUAUUGUGUCACUACGAAAAUGUUAGUUACAUUGAUAAUACCCAUCACUGUAGUCAAUUUGGUUGCCGGGUACACGAAAUGCAACAUAAAAGACUUACAGUCCACAGCAUUUAAGUAUUACGGACGCAAAAAUACAACUGUGAAAAAUGAAAUCAAGACUCUCCGAGGCAUUUCUAAGUAUGUAUGCUUAAUAAAGUGUCGUAAGCAUUCACUCUGCUUGGCAUUUUCCUAUGCAACCAGCUCAUCAUUGUGCAAAAUGUAUGAACAUGACAGCGAGUCAGCAAACGUGACACUUAUACCUGAAGCAGGUGUAUGGUUUUACGAUAUGCAUAAUAAUACAGAUUUCAUACAGGGUAACGUCGACUCUUGUGUUCAGGGUCAUCGUUGCUUCAAUGGUGGAUCUUGUCGAAACGACAGUUCAUCAAGUGGCUACUUCUGCACAUGCACCGACAACUAUCAUGGUCAAUUUUGUCAAGAUAUCAAUGGACCACCGAUUCUUAAAUGUCCUUCAAACCAGAUUGUAACAGCUGAUUCUGACUGCAUGGCAACUGCCACCUGGAAGCCGCCGAAAGUUAUAAACAACACUGGGUAUAGCUUUACAGCGGUAUGUGAUUAUGUCAGUGGAAGCACUUUCUCGAAUUACAGCACCAUUGUAACUUGUAAUGCCACAGACGAUUUUGAAAACGUUGGCAACUGUAACUUCACAGUUACAAUCUAUGAUGAGACUGCCCCAAACGUUACGUGCCCAUUUGACAUUGAAGUGUGCACUGACCUAGGUACAUAUUCAGUAAAUGCGACUUGGGAAGCAGCCAAUGCAUCUGACAACUGUUGUAGCAAGGUCGACAUAGGCCUAACUACAAACUACACAAGUGGGGAACCUUUGUCACUUGGUGUAUACACAGUAGGAUACACAGCAACAGAUUGUUUUGAGAAAACUGCUUAUUGCAAAUUUACUGUUAAAGUUAAAGACUGUGAGGCUCCAGUGCUUAAAUGUCCACCAAAUAUAAACGUAACAGGUGAUGAUUACAUGGCAACUACCUUCUGGACAGCACCCACUGUUACAGACAACUCUGGAUAUAGCUUUACACCAAUGUGUGAUUACAUGAAUGGAAGUAGUUUAUCUAAACCUAACACUACUGUCACUUGUAAUGCUACCGAUGAUUAUGACAACACUGGGUACUGUACAUUCAACAUUUUCAUCAUAG